AUGGCCGACGACGCCCAGCAUGAGCACACCUUCGAGAGCGCCGAUGCCGGUGCCUCUCUCACCUUCCCCAUGCAGUGCUCUGCCCUGAGGAAGAACGGCCACGUCGUCAUCAAGCAGCGUCCCUGCAAGAUCGUCGAAAUGUCCACCUCCAAGACCGGCAAGCACGGUCACGCCAAGGUCCACCUUGUCGCCAUCGACAUCUUCACCGGCAAGAAGCUUGAGGAUCUUUCCCCGUCCACCCACAACAUGGAGGUCCCCAACGUCAGGCGCACUGAGUACCAGCUCCUUGAUGUCACCGACGAUGGUUUCCUUUCCCUCAUGUCCGACGACGGCUCCACCAAGGACGAUGUCAAGCUUCCCGACGGCGAGGUUGGUGAGAAGAUCAACAAGCUGUUCUCUGAGGAGGGCAAGGACACCAACGUCAUUGUUCUGACCGCCAUGGGUGAGGAGGCCUGCAUUGACGCCAAGGAGGCUCCCAAGGGCGCUUAA